GCGAUAGUGUAUGUAUACAUACACACACGUAUACGGUUGUGCUUCUCCACUAGCGAUAUCAGAUGACAUUUGACGGUGGUGGCUGUGCACGAUCGCGGUCGUACCGUACGACAGAAUUUGUUGAGAAGCAUUGCUCGCGACGGGAAUAGCGUGUAUAUACAAGAAUUUCCCUUGCGAAUUAAAGAUUGGAACGCGCUCUCCUCUCGAUCAACGAAGGGAGCGAUCGACAUCGCCAGCUUCAUUUCGAUUCGAACGACGACUGACGACGACGACGAGGAGACGGCAAGAAUCGUUAAUCGCUGUUGUUGCGUAUUACGCCAACAGCUGACCUCGGGCCGCCUCGGGCUGACAGUGACACGCCGAGAGGAUGGCAGACGCCGCCGUUAAUCUCAUAAUAAAGGCACCAAAUCAGCAGAUCAAGGAUCAGGUGGUUAAAUGCGAUCUCGGCUGGACCAUUGGCCGUUUGAAGGAGUACCUGUCCGAGGUCUAUCCCAGCAAGCCAGAAAGCUCACAUCAGAAAUUGAUCUAUUCUGGUCAAUUGUUAAAUGAUUCUGCACAACUGAAAGAUGUCUUGAGACAGUGCGAUGGUUCAGAGGAUCAAGCAUAUACCGUUCAUCUAGUCUGUACCCCACAAAAAAUGUACACAUCAGAUCAAAAUCGAUCAACUGAGAGAAAUGUGGAUGCUGCGUCUACAACAAGAAAUACUCAUAUCAUAAGUAACAAUAUUCAGAAUCAAAGUCACGAGAAUGCUAACGUUACUGCAUCUCAGCAUCAACAAUAUUUACCUCAGCAGUACCUUGAUCCUCGAAAUAAUCAGCAGUUAGCUUGGAUGCAACAGGCGUAUACGCAUUAUUUUACACAGUACAUGCAAUUAAUGGCAGCGCAAGGCGUACAGUUGCAAGCCAGUAUUCCAUACCUACAGCAAAUGAAUAUUAAUGCAAGUGAUACGGCUCAACAUACAUACACGAGCAACAAUAACAACAAUGUUGGCGACGAACAACCCCAACCAGCGGCUCAAGAUGCAGCUGAAAUCAAUGCAGCGGGAAAUAACGGCGUGGGCGAGGAUGCUGCGUUUAAUCGCGACUGGUUGGAUUUCUUCUACAUGUUGUCUAGGAUCGUCGUUCUUUUUGGUAUAGUCUACUUCUAUUCGUCCCCUCUCAGGUUCCUCAUCGUUACGUUUUUGGGAUUUGCAAUAUAUCUAUAUCAAGGCGGUUUCUUCAGGGUACAACCAAUCUUAUUGGCCGAAAAUAAUAACGGACGCGCAGACAACAACAAUCAGGUGUUGCAGAAUGAAGUAGUGGCAGGUGGUCCGCAGGCUGUGCCGCAACAGCAAAACGCUCAAGUGCCAACUGUGCAACCGGAAGCACGAACGAACGCCAAUGAGGAGAACGAAGAACAACGCCCAGGCGCUCUCGCCUUCACUUGGUCCUUCUUUAGUUCGUUUUUUGCCUCGCUUAUUCCAGAUCAGCCAAAUGUUAUUUAAUCCCGCCGGCGACAAAAUCGAUACAAAAUCGACAGACAUUCUUUUUCUCUAUACUUGUAAUGUAAAGACUGGAGAAGAUGACUUCAUCUUGGUAUACCAGAUUUUGAAAAUAUUUAACAAUUUGUAGAGUCAGAAGUGCUUAAAAACUCGCGUGAUUAAUUCAAUACAUGUAUUCCUAUGAAAGUCUGAUCAGUUUUACAAUGUCCAAGAAUUUUUGUAUCUGAAUCUAAUAUAUAAUAUAUAUAAAUGUUCACAUAUGUGUUAAUAAUUGACAUACGCUUAAGAUGAAUGACAAUUAUCGUGAAAACUCAAUUCACGUGUAAAGAUUAUAUAUGUAUCAGUUUAACUUGUUAAGAGAGACUUGCAAUUCACGAAAUAAAAUAACAGUCACGUUAAA